AGCUGCUUUCGACAAAGGUACAAUCAAUUUAAAUAAAAAUAAAUAAAUUACAUGUUAAAUCAUAUAGAAGCACAAUAUUGUAUUACUCUUCUGUUUAGAUAUAUUGUUGAACGAUUCAGGGAAUUAAUCAAAUUGUUGGAAAGUGCUGUUACAUUUGAAGCACUGCAUUUACUUAAUUCAAUCUGGCACUGUGUCGGUAAGUGCUUCACGUCAGCGUGGUUCAUAUUGCGACUGUUAGCAAUGAUUAGCCGUUUUCCUAAAUUUGAAUUUAAACGUCACAGUUGUCCGGUGUAUUUUUUUUUUAUUACUCUCGGCUUGAGCGGAAUGUUCAUACAUCGUAGUUCACUUGUUAUUACAAGUGGUUUGGGCACGUUGUGUUGCGUUGUGUGACGCCCGGAAGGCUUCACUUUUGCCCCAAAUGUCCCAGAAGGCCGACUCUGAAAGUGACAUUUGGGAUUAUAAGCCUCCGGUGAAGAAAAAGAAGAAACGUGAGUCGUCGUCUGCAUGUAGGAACGUGUCCAGGAGAAGAUGCACGACGGAGAGAAAGUCAUGCAACACUCUGGAUAGUACAACCACUCCAAGUGACGUCUCUGCCGGUGUACACAAUGGACAAUGUGAUCCCACCUCGUCCUCACGUUCUAAGGAGACACAAAACGUUGACAAUGAAGCCAAGGAAGACUUUUGUCCCAUUUGCCAGAUGCCAUUCUCUAUUUUAUUGGUGCAGUCGCAAAGAUGGCAUGUUGCUGAAUGUCUGGACACGCCAAGGGACACUUGCCAAGAAUGUCCCCAUGGUCCCCAGUGCUCGUCCUCCAUUCCGAACCACUACAAGAAGUUCAACCACACGCAGUUGGCCCACACUCGAGCUAACGGCCACUCCGUGCCGUUCGACUUCCAGGACAGUGAGCCUCGUACUCCUACCCGCGAUGCCUCCGGGGAUAACGUUGGCAUGACACCCUCGCCGCCACCUUCCCAAGCCACCAAUGGCCUCCUGCUGCUGCGCUCGCCCGACCCGGACGACAUGAAGAAGAAGAAAGGUUGGUCUCCCAGAGGCCGCUCGUCUUUGACCUCCUCACAGGGAAGUAGGACAGAGACAGUGGCGACUUGUGACGUUCUGGCCGAUCCACACGACGAGGAGCUAAUAUCCUACUCGCCUCUUUCGGAGUUCCCCGCUGAGAUGGACGCAGUUCGUAGAGACGGGUCUGAAGACGAAGACUCCGUGGUUCUCUUCAGCGAAGACGAGCCGCCUACGGGUUUUACGGAUGCCCUCGAAGGCACCGGUAGAGUCGAUGACAUCUCGUCGGCUGUUGGCGAAAAACUUCAGUCUCCUCAGAGGAUGGUUUUGGAACGCUUGAAGGAGACUCUUCAAGCGUCCCCAGUCGGGUCGUCCGAGAACAGUGCGGCGCCUCCUCGGAUGGCUCAGAGAGAGGCGGGUCGAGGAUCGGGACUCAAGCAGACGGACAUCGGGGUGUUUUUCGGCCUCAAAGCAUUAAAGGCGCAGGAGAAAGAGGAAGCUUCCGGGAGGAAAUGGAAGACGAACGCGGCUGAAGAUGCAGACCGACCCGGAGAAGGUGAGAGUCCCGGUGGCAGCAAGGUGGAGGCGGCAAGCAGGCAGACCAAACACAGGAGACACAAAUGGUGGAACAGCGAGAACGACAGUGGAGAGGAACAACCACGGCGUUGUCCGUUUUAUAAAAAGAUUCCAGGCACGACGUUCGCCAUCGACGCCUUUCGGUACGGCGCCAUUGAAGGAGUCACCGCCUACUUCCUGACCCAUUUCCACUCGGACCACUAUGGAGGACUCACCACGAAGUCCACACUUCCAAUCUACUGCAACAAAAUCACAGGCAACCUGGUGAAGAGCAAGUUGAAGGUGGCGGAGCAGCACGUGCACAUCCUCCCUAUGAACACCAGGGUGAGCGUGGACGGGGCACAAGUCAUCCUCCUCGACGCCAACCAUUGUCCAGGAGCAGCUAUGUUGCUGAUCUUCUUGCCGAACGGACAGACCGUCCUCCACACAGGCGAUUUCCGAGCCGAUCCCUCCAUGGAGGCCUACCCGGAGUUUCUGGGAUGCCGGGUGCACACUCUCUACCUCGACACAACGUAUUGCGGCCCGGAGUACACCUUUCCGAGACAACAGGAAGUCAUCAACUUCGCUGCCAGCACCGCCUUCGAGUCGGUGACGCUGCACCCCCGCACCCUAGUGGUGUGCGGAUCCUACUCUGUGGGGAAGGAGAAAGUCUUCUUGGCCUUGGCGGAGGUUUUGGGCACCAAGGUGUGCCUCUCCCGGGACAAAUACAACACCAUGUGCUGUCUGGAGUCGGAGCACAUCAAGCGACAUUUAACCACCGACUGGAAGGCGGCGCGCGUCCACGUGCUUCCCAUGAUGCAACUCAACGUCAGAAAGCUACAGCAGCAUCUAGGGAAGUUUUCCAGCCAGUACGAUCUUCUGGUGGCCUUCAAGCCCACCGGUUGGACCUUCAACCAGCAGACGGCGUCAGUGGAAGACAUUCAGCCUGUCGUCAGUGGCAACGUCUCAAUCUAUGGGAUUCCAUACAGCGAACACAGCAGCUUCGUGGAGCUCAAGCGUUUCGUCCAGUGGCUGCGACCACUCAAGAUCAUUCCCACAGUAAACAAUGGCAGCUGGGCCGUCAGGAAGGCCAUGGAGAAGCACUUUAGCGAGUGGAUCGGCGGAAACUCUCUUGUUUAAAUAAAUCAUGUCACAUAUAAGUCAUGUCUUCUUUUAUCCACAAAAAACUUAAUGGAAAAAAAUGAUUCAAUAAGCCAUUCUGUGCAAAGAUGCUGUGCAAAUACAAUAUAUUAUGUUGUUGCACUUGUUAUUAUGUACAUUAUUUCAUGAUGUUCUCUGUCUAACAAUAAAUGUUUUAAACUU